AUGGAGGCCGAGGGUGCCGAGAGCGACGAUAGAGAACAGCCACUUGGCACCCGACGUGCGUGCGAUCAAUGUCGUAUUCGAAAGAUCCGCUGCGAUAAACGCUCGCCAUGUUCGAACUGCCGUAGCUCUCAGACCAUCUGUCGCUCCACAGGUGCUGGACAGAAGCCCCGAGAGACCCGCCGGCGGGUCUUGAUCUCAAGUCAAUAUGAGCAGAAAAUAGAUCUCAUCGAGGAACGUCUCGCGGGCAUAGAAGAAGCUAUCCGAGGCUUGAAGCCUGCUGCUACCCCCAGUACUGCCCCUACUACUGUGGAGACCAGUUAUCAUAAACCGAUUACACCCUCGGCAUCCGGGUAUGCCUCCAGUACAACUGCGCUUGAUCACCAUGAAUCUGCAUUUGAGGGAAGCUCGUCUCUAGCUGCGCAUUCAGCAUAUGCCAGUCAAUUCCUGGAAACGGCCGUCUCGCGAGGUGCGCUUCAGACGUCCAGCCCGAAGAUCAACGAGGCAUUGUAUACUCUCAAACAGAUUGUCAACAUGCAGGACAAUCAAGCGCAUUCUUCAUCUCGUGAAGUACGGUUUCCGAACAAGACGUCUAUUCCCGGGUCCAAGUUACAAAAUCUGACUCUACCCCCAACGGAGGUUGUCGUGUCAUUGUUGCGGACUCUUAAGGAAAGCGACCCGUCUAUUCUGCAGGGGUUCUGCCCCUUUAUCACAACGGAUCGAUUCAUUGAAAAAUGCCGUGAUGUCUACUUCGCCACCGAGGAUUACUCGGACGCUACCUUCAUCGUGGUCAACGGGGUGAUCUAUUACGUCUUGAUGGAAUAUGGCUUCACGUCCAAUGACCAAAAGGCUAAAGACGAAAAUACUUCCUACCUCAAUCUCUGUCGCAACAACCUGGAAACGGCCCUGUCUAACUUGAACUUUCUAAUGCCUGCCAGAACGGAGUACAUCGAAGCGCUUACUUUAGGGGCUGUCUAUGCCAUCGAAAUCUCAAAACCCACAUUCGCCUGGACAUUAACAUCCACCGCGGCCCGACUAUGCCAAACCCUCGGCUACCAUCGAGCAUCAUCCACAGAACGCGACAAGCUCGUAUCCCGCCUCUUCUGGUCCGUAUACACCCUCGACAAAGUCCUAUCAUUACGUCUUGGGCGAUCCUCUACCCUCCAGGACUACGACAUCUCACUGGCGCAAGACUUCGAUGCCGAAGGUAUUCGCGAGCCCUGGAGAAACAUGUAUAAUCUAUGGAUCAAGUUGGCCGGAAUCCAGGGUAGAAUAUACGAACACCUGUACAGUCCUGCGGCGCUUUCUCAGCCUGAAAGUCAGCGGGUCUCUUAUGCGUCUCAACUCGCAUCUGAAAUGCAAUUGACUGUUCAGGAACCGUUCAGGCAACUAUGUUACAAAUACGCCACCGAUUCAAGCAUGGAAGCCCUCUAUAUCAAAUCCGACGAAGUCAGCCGUCUUUCCGUCUUAACGCUCAUUUACAGAGCAAUUCCUCCCCCAGCCGACUCUCCAAGUACUUUCAUCACAGACUGUGUCGAGACAGCUCGAGAAGCGCUUGAAUGCCAUCAAGUCUGUCUGACUAUCUUGAAAGAAAGCAACGAAGUCGUUAAAUGCUCUUACAUGCAUUGGUCAAUCCUCUACGCCCCCUUCGUCCCCUUCAUCGUCCUCUUCUGCCACAUCAUCGAAACAUCCUCCCAAACCGACCUCAUCCGGCUAACGGACUUCGUCGCCUCCCUGCAACCCAUCUCUUCUCUCUCCGAGGCAAUCGCCAAGCUCUAUCAUCUCUGUCACGUGCUCACCACCGUUGCCCGGUUAUACGUCGAAGCCAAGGACCAGGAUCAAAAUGACCAGACUCUUUUGUCGGUAGGUCAGGAGUUCGAUACGUAUCUGACUGCGUUGGGUUUGGCUCCGGUUGCUGGGGAUGGGGAGGCGGUUGUGUCGGCGACGACAAUGGCGGGGGAUGGGAUGGAAGGUGGUGGUGGUGGGAAUCAGUAUGCGCAGACUACGCAAUUGGGAAAUUGGUUCUCGGGAAAUCAAUAUAUGAUGGGGUUGUUGGAGGGGGAUCUGUCGUUUGAUCCAUCGGUUUGGUCAUAG